AUGGUCAAGCUCAACGUGCUGGGCGCAUUGGCCCUGGUCACCGUCACGCCUGGCGUCUUUGCGCAGGACUGUAUUUCACUAGCUACCUCGAAAGCUUGCCCGGCUUUCAAUGCGUCGUCUAUAUCUUCAACAAAUACAACAUUAAUUGGCUUAUUCCCUUUCCUGGCCUAUGUCAACUCGACAGAAUCCUUCGACACUCAGUUGACUCAGUAUAUAUCUCAGCAGUAUGUCUCGACGAAAUUCACAAAUAUCUUCGGAUGUGACAACGUCAACCUGCGCGACACCUCCAGCUACUAUGCCCGCUAUACAACCAGUUUUCUCUGCAACGCAAUUAUCCAGAAUUCGAGGGAUUCGUGUCAAUCUACCCCGGCUCAACUAACACCUCUUUGCGCAGACGCUUGUGGAGAUAUGGCAAUCAGUGAGGAGCAGAUUGUAUCUAACAACAACCUGUGUUCAGGACGUGCCGACAACUAUGCCGACCAACUACGCGCCGAUUUCACCAAUUGCGCAUUGCCAGCCAAUUCCAUUAGUGGUUCUUGCGUAGCUGGGGCUGUCAACGAACCUAUCGACUGUGGUUUUGGCGGGAAUCUGAUGGGCCUGUGUAAUUUCUGUCGUGCGAGCACCGAGAAUGGUACCGACUCUUGUUGUUUGACUUCCAACUCGACUGGCCGUUGUGAGGAUGUCACCCUCCCCGUCUUCUCCACACUUUCCAACCUACUCUCCUCGACUGCCAGUGCCACCUCCUCGUCCACGGGAAGUGCUACAACAAGUGCUGCAGCAUCUGGAGGAGGCGGUAGUGGACUCAGUGGCGGUCAGAUUGCCGGAAUCGUGGUCGGGUCCGUUCUUGGAUUUCUACUACUACUUGCCUUGAUUGUUCUGGCCUUCAUGUGCUUCCGCCGCAGGCACAGUGACAGUAAAGCCGCAAGUCUGCUUAAUCAGCCGUCACCGCAAAGGAGAGGUCCAACCUCAUCCGCUUACAAUCAGCCAAUGACACAGCCCGGAUACGAGGUGCUUCCUGGUGGGCGGGUCGCUCGCAUGUCAGCCCUACAGGAUGAACAACCCUCAGGAGGGCCUCAAAUAGGUCCACGAAACUAUACUUCUCAUACUGACCCCUACGGCGACAGCCCUGGAUCUAACGAGAAAUUGGGAAUUGCCGCCGCUAAGAUCGGAGAUUCUCCUGGGAGUGACUCGCAACACGGCAGUUCGCCUGGUAGCGGAGGGGACUUCUCCUCACCAGAAGGCGUUGCCAGUGGACAGUCAGAACAGCUGCCUUUCUUCAAAGACUAUUACUCGAAUGACGACAUCCACCCCGGAGAUAAAGUCUCGGCACUUUGGGCAUAUCAGCCUCGCGCUGGAGACGAGUUUGAACUUGAAAGAGGAGACAUGCUCAAAGUAGUGGGCAUCUGGGAUGAUGGAUGGGCUACUGGUGUCCGGAUCGAUGAUCGUGCUGAAGAUUAUGAUGGCAAGCACAAGCUGCAACGCGAUAGCGGGGUGUCAAAUGGUACAGCAAACCGAGAAGACUCAGCCACGCCGUUGGGAGAAAUCAAGGCCUUCCCGUUGGUUUGCGUCUGUCUCCCCGAGGCAUGGAAGAAGACUGUUGAAGGCGAUACAUCGACCGAGAGCGGCUCAGGAGGACCGCCUCCAAUGUGA